GAAAACCGGAAUGACAGUGCACUGUUAAUGAAUUGUAGAUUUAGCAAUACUUUAAAUAAUACAAUAGACGUUCAAAACACAGUGGCUUGCAUUUUGGAAACACAAAUCGUUGUUUUUGUCAUUAAAUGUGUUGAAACCAUGUACGACAAAGUUGUUUAUCGAUUCAAUCACAAAUCAAGCAAAAAAGGCAAUAUGAAAUUUAUACAUGAUACUAGUAUAAUCCAAAGAAGCAUCGGUCUUUGUAGUAUUGUAAGUGAUUAACCAUGCCACCGUACAUGCAUAACGUGUACAACAUAUAUGUACAUAAGGUUCACCAUUAUUACACGUAUUAAAUUGUUUAAACUGAAUAGUUUUACCAUAUUUAACGUUACGGUAGCCUUUAAAAAGUUGUAACGCGUGUAACGCUUUAUUUUCUAGGCAUGCUUGGAACAUUUUCAUGUUGUUCGCCUUCGGCUAUAUUUCCCAAGCUAACAAUUCAGCUCUUCCCUAGAAAUAAUUUCACUGGACUGUGUUACUCUACAGUUUUCACUACAGUCAAUAUGGCAAGUAAUGAUAAAGAAAGUAAGAUAGACACUGAUACAAACGAUCGAGGUUUAACGAUGAUGAAACUUCUUGUUAAUGGACCACCAAGGCUGAAACAGAAACCAAACAUUCUACCUGUAGAUCUUUUAAAAGAUGUUACACAACUAGUGAGAAGACAGAACGUUGCACCGGAAGGAAGCAUUUGUUUGGAUGAUCACAGUUUUACUUCACAUACAUACUCUGGUAAAUCAUUAAAACAAGAAAAUUUAAACACAAAUGGUGGUUCUGGAGCAACAAAAAUAGUUUCCGAAAUGACCUGUAGUUUAACAAAAUAUAACACUAAUGAACACUCGGCCAGUGGCUCUCUAAACACGUUGUUGGAAGCAGAAACGGGACAUACAGAUGUAUCGAAAUCGUUAGUUGAGAAAGACACUACAGAGUCAAAAACUGCAGACGAACCUCUAUUACAAAUGGGCACCACUUUCUUAGAAAAUACAUAUGACAAAGAGAAAAUGCCUGACCCGGUAUACGACCUCUCCCUGCUCUUCUCAGGUGAGCUCGAGAGCAGAAGAAAGAAACUGAGCAAAUCAGCAAUUAGGAAAUUAAAGAAACAGAAGAAAUCGUUGGAAUCCUCUGUUAAAGAAUGCGUGCCAAAGGAAAAUAGCGAGAAGGAAAAGAAACCUAGAGUGAACUACUUUGUUGCCAUACCGAUCACGAAUGAAAAGAUAAAGUCACCUCUUCAAGCCAUUCAAGAUUCGAUGGUUACAGCAGAAGAGCAGCUUAAAUCUGCAAUUGUUAAGGUGUCUACCCUUCACUUAACCAUCAUGGUGCUAACACUUAGCACAGAGGAAGAGAUGAAAAGUGCUAGAGAAGCAAUGGAUAAAUGUUGGGAGAAAUUGCGACCAUGGUUCAGUCAAGGGCCUCUAUUCUUCGAUAUGGUCGGCCUUGGUAACUUCAAAAACGAGGUGUUGUUCGCCAAGAUAAAGGACGAUGACCAAAUAAGCAAGUUACAGAAGAUUGCAGAGAUUGUAGAGGACACUUUUCAUCAGCACGAGGUCGUUCCUGGAGACGACAAAGCAUUUAAACCCCAUGCUACUAUUGCAAAGUUGUCGAAAAUGAAGGGGAAAGGACGGAAACGUUUGAAGAAGAUUGACACAAGCCUGUACACUGAGUGGCUGGAAACUGACUUUGGACGGGAGGAGGUCACUACUUUACAGUUGUGUUCAAUGACAAAGCCUAAGGACAAGCAAGGUUACUAUCACGUGGAACAUGCUAUCAAUUUUGGGAAGUCUUCGUUUGAAACGAAAUAUUCCGAUUCCGGGAACGGCGCGGAUAAUUCUGGUACAGGAGAAGAGCUGUUGGGUAAUGAUAUCAUUAGGAUAAACGCCGAUGAACCAUGUGAUAUUGAUAGUGCAACUAGUGUAGACCGAGAAGAAAAUGACUUGGUGAAUCAAGAUGAAGGCUCUGAGGACAGCAUAUCAGAGACAGAUUCAAACCGCGUUUGUUCCAGUGUGGUAGAUGCAAACAGGAGUUGUAUGAAAAAGACUAACUUAAUGUUAGAUAAUGUUGAUAAAUCAUAGGUAUCUGAGUUAUAAAAUGAACGUGGUUUUCGACUGAAGUAAGCAUGUAUCAACACUCGGACAUUAAUUUUCAGACUGACACAUUUGUUUAUUAUACAUCGGACUCCGAUUAUUGUUAUGCGCCUGAUCGGUGCAUAUAGUAAUCGGAUUGUCCGUCCAUAUGUCCGUCUUUCCUUCAUUCCCCAGGGUUUCCCAACUCUAUGCAUGCGGGUAGGUUAUGACCAGCAGAUGGCCCGAAUCGAUUUUGAGAUCAGUAGGUCAAAGGUCAUGGUCAAGGUGGCCUAGAGCUGAAAAUAAUUUUUCGAUCAAUAGCUAAAGACUGCUUGGGCCCAGAAACCUCAUACUAGUACUUGGUAGGCAGUUGUUCAUGUCUAGUUGAUCCCUGUAUAUUUGAGGUAAAUAGGUCAAAGGUUAAGGUGACAGGUUAUAUUUUAUAUGUAACGAUGUUUAUUUGGUAAAUAAUAUGGCACCAUUCAAUUAUGAACACCAGGAAAGAGAGGCAAAUAGUUUUUGUCGUCAGUUUUUUGAAGUUGUCCAUUUUUUUUUUUAUCAGCAAUGCAUUUCUUUAAACUACUUGACUUAAUUGUGCAUGUAUUUUUAACAAAGCAUCGCUCAGGGUCCCAAUGCUAUACAAAUAUGUAUUCUUUUUUUAGUAUGUUUCACAUUGAGAAGGGGUGUAGUACAAUGAUAUUGUACAUAUAGCAAUGAAAACUAUUGGCAGCCACAGCAUCAUUCAAACGAAACCAAUGUGCCUUUUAAUGCUAAUUGGAAACUAGCUGAAGAAGAUGCAGCAUGGUUUGGAAGAGUAAUAUACAGUGCCUGAACUUGGAAGUUUCCGAUCCUGUAAAGUACUUUUACAUGACACCAUGUGCGUGUUUGAAUUUGUAUAGUAAAUUUAUUGGAAUGUGUCGACAAGUUUGUAAUGGUGAAUGGUUCCCUACAAAAAAACCCCGAAUCGAGUCGACUUAGUAAUAAAUUGCGAUUGCAAAAUAUUGAAAAUAAUUUUGCUCGCUUUUAUGUUUUAAAGUAAGAUGGAGAAUAAACUG